GCCCGCAGAGUGACGUACUUCCGGUCGGUCUCGAGCUUCCUGCUUCGCUGAAGUUUUCCUCCGGUGGGUCAUGAGGAGAGACGUUUUCACCAGGAAACCGAGCACCGGCUGCACUUCAUGGAACAAACGUUAACUCGACCGACGGACACACUUCGGACUCUAUGAUUCCACCGGAAACGGAGACAUUCAUUCUUCCGGGACGUAAGUUUUAACGCGUAACUUCCUGCUCGUGCUAAAGUUAGCUAGCUCUGUUAGCAGUUGGUCGUGACUUCACCCCGCAGCGUUUAACGUGAAGUAAAUCCAGCCGCCAAAUCCUGAAACAUGGAGGACCCAAACAGACCUCAGCGCAAAAUGUCGACCGCAGGAGACAGCCUGUACAAAAUCCUGGGCCUGGAGAAAGGAGCGUCGCCAGAAGAAAUAAAGAAAGCAUACAGGAAACUGGCGUUGAGACAUCACCCCGAUAAAAACCCCGACAACCCAGAAGCUGCCGACAAAUUCAAGGAGAUCAACAACGCAAACUCCAUCAUCAGUGACGAGAACAAGAGGAAGAUCUACGACCAGUACGGAUCCAUGGGCCUCUACAUCGCAGAGCAGUUCGGGGACGAGAGCGUGAAAUAUUACUUCCUCAUGUCCAAGUGCUGGUUCAAGGCCCUCGUGGUGUGCUGCGGCGUCUUCACCUGCUGCUGCUGCUUCUGCUGCUGCUGUUUCUGCUGUGGGAAGUGCAAAACAGCAGAAGAUGAGGGAAGCUUCACCUACAUGGACCCUGACGACCUCGAGGCAGAGAUCAGAGAUCAGGACGCAGCAGGAGACCAUGUAAUAGUUAUUCAGCCGAGUCCUGACGCUUCAGAUAAAGAGGUCACCUUUUCAGGUGAGAACGCACCGAUCGUGAUUCAGCCUCACGCCGUCAACGGCACGUCGGGGACCACGUGAGGGAGCCGCACGACGCCGCAGCUGCGUCGAGCGUUUUGAAAGAUGAUUCGUAUAAAUUAUGGGUUUGAAUGUGGCCGACAUGCAGGAAACUUAUUAGGUGUUUUUGUUCAGGCGAGUCGGAGAUUUUGUGCCAUAUUUAGUUUUUAAGUGCCAGCGGGUUCGUCUCUGAUCCAAUCUCAUAUUUAGUUUUUAAAUAUCGGGUAGAAUCUGGACCAGACCAAGCCAUGCAGAUCAAAGCUCUGGAACUACUGAGUUUUUCAUGUGCACUUUAAUAUCUUGAGUUCAUGUUUAAAUCCGAAAGCUGCCACGACGGUCUGACAAACGCUCAGGCUCAAGAUGGCCAAAUUGUUUUAAUUGUUUUUAAUGCAACAUUUAUUUAGCAGAAUGCGACCACCGGGACACGUGUUCAGUCGUACUGCACGUGGACACGUGUUCAGUCGUACUGCACGUGGACACGUGUUACAGUCGUACUGCACGUGGACACGUAGACGUUCAGUGUGUGUCGACCAAACUGGUUAAAUGUUUGGAUGUUCACUGUAAAUAGAACAAAUAAUGAAUAAAGUGACGCAGACAAGUUUUACAGGAACAAUUCAACAUUUUGGGAAAAGUGCUUCUUUAUUUCUGAAAGAUAAGAAUUUGACUUCGGACAGUUAAAGAUCAGUUCUGUCAUGAAGUGUGGAGGUGCAGGUGGAGCUGGAGGUGCAGGUGGAGGUGCAGGUGGAGCUGGAGGUGCAGUGCAGGUGGAGCUGGAGGUGCAGGUGGAGCUGGUCGUGAUUAGCCUAGCUUAGCAUAAGAAACCCCUCUAACUUUCAGAGCUGUUGGAGACGGGUGGAUAAUAUUUGUACAGAAAUGUAACUUCCCUUUAAGCCACGUUUAGAUUUCACUGAUGAACCUUUUUCACGUCGUUUCUUCUUUUAGUUUCUCGACGUCACUUUGAUCCGUGCGAGCUGGUUCUGUUUCCAGCCUUAUGCUAAGCUAGGCUAAAUGCCUCUUGACUGCAGCUCCACUAACGUAAACUAAUGAGCGUAUUCCCAACAUGUUGAACUGGUCCUAGAGACUCGUGCUGGUGGUUGUCUGCACCUGCUCACCAGGUGACGUGCUGACGGAGCUCCCACAAAUGGACUGAUAUUUCCUGAGCAACACUUCCUGCACUCGACUAAAAACCAACUUCUCUCCACAACGAGACGACUUACUGAUUUGAUUUAUUGCCAAAUGUUUUCUGUUAACGACGAGGAUCUGUGUGACGCUAAGUGUAUGUUAAGACAACUUAAAUUAUGUUUGUAUUAUAUUUUUAUCUGCUGGUGUCGGAAUGUUUGUACGCCAUGUUCCCCGCUGCUGACCGACGCUUUGAAUUCAAACCAUCAGAAAUGUUUAGUUUCUUAUAAACUUCACUAAAGUGCCUGAAAACAGUUUUAUUGGGAUUGUGUGUUUUCUUCAAACUUUAAAAAGAAAACUAAACAUUUAGUUUUAAAUCGACUUGUCGUCACAACAUUCCAGGUAAUUCUUUCAACGUGUUUCCAAAAUGUUUGUUUCUGUAACUGUCUGAUCAAAUAAAGUGUGAGACUGCA